UGUGAGCUAAAUGAACACCUUUACAUUUUAUGACUCCAAGACUUACUUUAUGCUUUUAAAAUAAUUUUUUUAGUACUUCGCUAUCGAUUUUUUUUAGCGUUUUUAGUUAUUUUAUUUUGCCCACUGUUUUAAAAUGGAUGAAGUGAAUCAGAAUUGUAAUGAAGAACUGAUAAUUGUGAAUAGAAAAUGUGAAUAUUAUGUCUCUAAAAAGUUCAUUUGUUCAGUUGUGCCUUAUUUUUCAAAAUUGUUUUCUGGCGAUGAAUUGGAAUCAAGGGAAAACAAAGUGACUCUGGAUUUUGAUGAGCGUGCCUUCGAUGCUCUUCUUAACUGGAUCCAUACAGAAAUAUUCAUCAUUCAAAUGGAUUAUGUGAUAAGUUUUUAUGAAGCAGCUGAUUAUUUGAUGAUAAGUCAACGUUUGUUUAAACCAUGUCUUAAUUAUUUCCACAAUAAUUUUACCAUUGAACAUAUUCCAGUUAUUUUAAGCAAAGUUACAAAAACUACCAAGUUGAUCAAUUUAGAAGUUAUUGACUACUUCAUCUGCCGCCAUUUCUUAAAGAUUGCCAACACUGAUGUUUUCUUGGAUUAUCCAGUUGCAACAAUCGAACAUAUUCUCAAAUUAGAUUUAAUGGUUUAUUCUGAGUACCAAGUUUUUGAAUCAAUCAUGAAAUGGGUAAAUAAGAAUGUUGAUUCAAGAAAAGAAUUUCUUUCAAGGAUAUUGCAAUUCGUGCGUUGGUCUUUCAUGGAUCCUGUUGAGUUAUCAAAUGUUAAGACCAAUGAAUUCAUAGCGAAUCUGAGAAGCUUUGAUUCAAUUAUUUCUUCUAAUGUUGGCUGUGGAUUCAAUCGUAGUAAACAAAACUACUUCGUCUCAAUCCAGGAAUUAGAUUGCUAUUCAAAGGUACGGAUAAAUAUAUUCGAUAAAGAUUUAUUUUGUUUACCGAUUGGUGAUUUUACUGAAGAUGAUAAAAUGUCGACCCAAUUCGUACAUGGAGAAAAUAUUUCAGAUAUUUUAUUUGACUCUGGAAGAGGAUGUGUCCGAAUUGACUGGAACAAAAAGACAUUUAAACGGCUUGAUGACAAGGAUUAUAAACCCUAUUACCCGGAAAUUCAUAAAUUGAUUGUCAAUUUUCAGGAUGAUCGUAGUCAAUAUUCCUGCUAUUUGGACGCUAAAGCUACUGCACUUGGUGAUGAAAUUCCCCGUCAUACAUACCUAUUGGUUGAAUAUAAUGGUGCUUUCGUUUGCAUAGGAGAAAAAGAUUCUUGGCAAACUGGAUAUUUAGGUAUUUUCCCAGCGACGGAUUCAAGAAAAUUCAAUGAAUACGAUGAUCAUUAUGAUUAUGAAUUCCAUGCGACUAUUUUGGACAAAAUUCUUUAUGUCUUCACAUCGGAAAGAGAGUUUUUCCAAUUUAAUAUGGAAACCCGUGCAUACAAAGAGAUUGAACUAUUUAAAGGUGCCGAUGAUUUGUGCAUUAAAGACUUAAACUUAACUUCUCUUCAUACAGAAGAUGAUAAGAUAAUUCUGGUCGAUAGAUGCACCGGAAAAUUUUAUGUUUAUUGCAUUAAACAGAAGAAAUGGUUUGAAAAGUAUGAAUUCUUCAAUGUAAAUUCCAACGGCUCUCAUGAAGAUACUCAAGAGUUAAUGGCUUUCACCUCAACGUUUUUGCCGAUUAAAAAUAUAAAACCAUUGUUCAGGCGAGACUUUUUAUAACUCUUUCAGCUUUUUAACAGUUAGCAGUUCAAUAUGAUUAAUCUGAAUUAUAUUUCCUUUUUAUUACGAUUCAAAAUUCAUGCAAUAUAUAAUACAAAGUGUACUUUACCAUUCCUUUUAUUAAUAUUUAAAAAAUCCAAUCUUUUGUACCAAAUAAUUUACUUAACGUAUUCUUAAUUAUAAAGUGUAAGUCAAUAACACGCAGUAAAAAUCAAAUGAUUAUGAUUAUGAAUAAAGAUCGAUACAUGUAAUCAGGAUAAACUACAUUCGAAACAUAA